UCUCCCUCCCGGUGAUAUGGGGUGGCCAUUGAUCGGGAACAUGAGGUCUUCCGUAAGAGCUUACAAAUCCCAAAAUCCAGAAUCCUUUAUCGGCAAUUUGAAACGAAGGUUUAAGUCUCUACCAUAAUCAGGCUUCUUAAUAUUUUAAACAAAUCUAAGAUGGAAGCAAUCCAGGUACGGUGAAACAGGGAUUUAGAAGACCAAUUUGUUUCGGAACCCAAGCAUCAUAGUUUGUAGUCCGGAGCUAUGCAGGAAGGUGUUGACAGAUGAUGAGCAAUUUCAUUUUGGUUACCCUCUUUCAAGUCUAGUUCUGGAUGGAAUGCCAUCGGAUCACAUAUCGGGUUCGGGUCACAAGCGAUUUCACGGGCUAACAACGAGCAGUCCCACUCGAAACGAACCGCUCAUAUAGGGAGUGUUGAAGAAAUCGUUACCAGUGCACUGGAAGAAUGUAGUAAGAUGAAGGAACCAAUCCUUUUCUUCCAUGAGAUGAAUAAGAUUGUUUUCAAUACUGUUAUCGCAUCAAUGGAGAAGUCUUAUACAGAUUUAUUCUCUGGAUUAUUUUGCACUCCUAUUAACAGCCCUGGUUUUGCAUACCAUAAAGCAGUCAAGGCAAGGAAGAAGCUGGUGAAAGAGAUUCAAGGCGUAUUGGGUGAAAAGAGAGAGAGGAAACGUAAUGACCCAAACUCAAAGAUCAUAUGGACCCUGAAAUUUAUCCCAACCCAAAAGAAUUCCUUCCUUCAAGAUGGGAUGGUUUUAAACCCAAGGCAGGAGCUUUUCUACCCUUUGGAGCAGGAAGUAGUACUUGUCCUGGAGCUGAUCUAGCCAAACUUGUGAUCUCCAUUUUCCUUCAUUGUUUCAUCCUUCACUAUAAGUGGGUUUACUUACAAAAAUUUCUAAUCAAAUUAUACUUUUCAUAUCUGUACUGUAUUCAAUUUGGAAAUUUAGUUUUUA